AAUGACUGUAAAAUAAUUUCUUAAUUGUUAUAAAUAAAGGCACUACGAUUUAAGAAAAAACAAACAAUUAUCUCGGUUUCAGUUGGUUGUAGAAAUUUUUUUAUUUUUUUAUAAAUCUUCGUUUCGUCUUCAGCAACAAUAAUCUGUAAGUUAUAAACUCAUAGGAUGUACAGGGCCGCUUCAGCCCUAAAUGUUUAUAACGAAAUUUGCCUCCUUAUUUUCAAAUCCAAAAAUUAUUUCGGCUUCAGUUGGUCGUAGAAAUUUUUUAUUUUUUUAUAAUCUUCAUUUCAUCUUCAGCAACAAUAAUCUGAAGUUAAAAACUCACAGGAUGUACAGGGCCGCUUCAGCUCUAAAUGUUUAUAACGAAAUUUGCCCCCUUAUUUUCAAACCCAAAAAUUAGAGAUUUAAAAAUGUUUUACGCAUUUAUUUACAUCAGAAUAUGAAAACAUAGCUCUAUAGAAGGAGAUUGGAUGUUUCACCAACUCUCUACGAUUUUUUUCCAAAAAGUUAUAGCCUUCUACAUUUGACUUCUUGAGAUAAACAAUUUAUAAUAUCUAAGCAACAAAUUCGUUAAUCUGGCUUUACAUUUUUUUUUAUGUUUGGAAUUGAAAGAUCUUCAUUUUCAAGCUUUAAAAAUAAAAAAAAAAUAUUUGUACAAUAAAUAAAGCAAUUGUAAAAAACGGCCAUUUUGGACCUUUCGCAGGCUGUUUUGCAAUAACCAAUUAACAAAAUUAAACUUACCAUACCUCAAAUUGUAGGUUUUUUAAUUCACUACAACUUUCUAUUAAAAAGUUUUUUUUAAAAUCAAUAUAGGUACAGUGGAACCUCGAUAACUCGGAUUAAUCGGGACCGCGGCCGAUUCGGGUUAUCGAAAAUCCGGGUUAGCCGGAGAGCAUGGUAAAAAUUAAUAAAAUACGGUAUACUUAUAGAUAAAGUCCGUUAUAAUUAAAGUAACAUGAAAUAUGCACAGUACACAUCUAACUUACCUAUAGUUGUAUAGAGUAUAGUAUAGACAGUAUAGAUAGAGUAUUGUUCAUUUCUAGGUAAAAAAAACUCAGUCAGUUUCGGUUGUGUCAAUUUCGUCUGCCAUCGGAACAAUGUUAUGUUAUUUAAGAACAGUGGCUCUUUCAUUGUUUAAAAGACCAUUGUUUAAAAAAUAAUUUUUUAAAAGACAGUUGGAAAUAAAUAAAGGAAUAACAGGUGCCUGUUGUUUGCGAUAGCCCCAGAUAAUUAACAUCGCUCUGCCGCUGCCGGCGUGUGCCAUGAGUCAUUUUUACUAUCGUAUAGUUCAAAUUACACAAAUACCCAUUAUCUCUCAAAUAUUAUAUUAUGGUCGAAGCCGUUUUAUCAAUGAAACUCGAUAUUUUUAAGACAUUCCAGAAGAGGCUACAGAUAAAAUGUUUUAACAUAAUACAUACAUUUUUAUUGUUGAAAUGUUUGUCUGAUGAAAAUCGGUUCGGGUUAGCCGGACUUCCGGGUUAUCGGGGGCCGACUUAUCGAGGUUCCACUGUACUAAGCUGCAAAAUUAAAAAUCAUUAAAAAUUGCAAAUUUAACAAAUGAAAAUCACAAUAAAAAAAAGCGCACAAUAUUUUUGGUUACAUUUUAGUAGAAGUUAUUCCUGGCAUCGUCCUUUACAACACCUGAUAGGUUUCAAAAAUUCCUGAAUUAUAUCCUGAAAUCGACCUAUUUUUCACCCACAGCCUGGGGUAAUUUGAGAACGCACACUGGGGAAAAACUUUACAAGUGCGAGAUUUGUUUUAAACAAUUUAGUCAAACAUGUAGUUUGAAAAAACAUUUAAGAGUGCACACUGGGAAAAAACAAUUCAAGUGUGAGAUUUUUUUUAAACAGUUUAGUGAGGCAGGCCAUUUGAGAGUGCACACAGGAGAAAAACCUCACAAGUACGAGAUUUGUUUUAAACGUUUUAGUAGAGCAGAUAAUUUAACAACACAUUUGAGAGUGCACACUGGGGAAAAACCAUACAAGUGUGAAACUUGCUUAAAACAGUUUCGUUUUGCAAGUAAUCUGAAAUUACAUUUGAGAGUGCACACUGUGGGAAAACCAUACAAGUUUGAAACUUGCCUCAAACAGUUUCUUACUACAAGUGAAUUGAAAACACAUUUGAGAGUGCACACUGAAGAAAAACCUUAUAAGUGCGAGAUUUGUUCUAAGCAGUUUUCUCAGAAUGGUCAUUUGAAACGCCAUUUGAAAGUACAUACUAGAAAAGAUCUUAACGGGAACACGUCAAUAUAAUAAUAUAAGUGAAUCGGUUAUUCCCAAGAGGAGAGCAAAUUGGAAAUUAUGGAGACCCUACCUAAACAUUCAUCUGAUGAAGGAAAUUGCAUGAGUCAACAAGAUGAAGGAAAAGCAUUAGACCAAAAUGCGAAAGGUGCGAAUGGACAAAGACCUUACGAAUGCGAAGUCUGUUUUAAAAAGUUUUCUCAAAAUUAUCGUUUAAAAAAUCAUUUGCGAAUAAACACUGGGGAAAAACCAUACAAGUGUGAAAUUUGUUUUAAAAAGUUUAGUGAUUCAGGUGAUUUGAAAAGACAUUUGAGAGUGCACACUGGAGAAAAACCAUACAAGUGUGAAAUUUGUUGUAAGCAUUUUAACCAAGCAAGUACUUUAACAACACAUUUAAGAAUGCACAGCGGAGAAAAACCAUACAAGUACAAGUGUGAAGUUUGUUGCAAACAGUUUAUCCAUGCAAGUACUUUAAAAGCACAUUUGAUGGCACACACUGGAGAAAAAACUCUUAAGUGCCGCAAGUGCGAGAUUUGUUUUAAAAGUUUUAGUACUGCAGGUACUUUGAAAACACAUUUGAGAGUGCACACUGGAGAAAAACUUCACAAGUGUGAAAUUUGUUUUAAGCAAUUUAGUCAAGCAGGUCAUUUGAAAACACAUUUGAGAGUGCACACUGGAGAAAAACCUCACAAGUGUGAAAUUUGUUUUAAGCAAUUUAGUCAAGCAGGUCAUUUGAAAACACAUUUGAGAGGGCACACUGGAGAAUCCCCUUACAAGUGUGAGAUUUGUUUUAAGCAAUUUAGUACGACAAGCAAUUUGAAAGAACAUUUGAGAGUGCACACUGGAGAAAAACCUCACAAGUGUGACAUUUGUUUUAAGCAGUUUGUUACGGCAAGUAAUUUCAAAGUGCAUUUGAGAACACACACUGGAGUAAAACCUCACAAGUGUGAAAUUUGCUUAAAACAGUUUUGUACUACAAGUGAAUUGAAAUCACAUUUAAGAACGCACACUGGGGAAAAACCUUACAAGUGCGAGAUUUGUUUAAAGCAGUUUGCUCAGAAUAGUCCAUUGAAAGAACAUUUGAGAGUGCACACUGGAGAAAAACCUCACAAGUGUGACAUUUGUUUUAAGCAGUUUGUUACGGCAAGUAAUUUCAAAGUGCAUUUGAGAACACACACUGGAGUAAAACCUCACAAGUGUGAAAUUUGCUUAAAACAGUUUUGUACUACAAGUGAAUUGAAAUCACAUUUAAGAACGCACACUGGGGAAAAACCUUACAAGUGCGAGAUUUGUUUAAAGCAGUUUGCUCAGAAUAGUCCAUUGAAAGAUCAUUUGAGAUUGCACACUGGAGAAAAACCACACAAGUGCGAAAUUUGUUUUAAACAGUUCUGUACCUCAACUGAAUUGAAAAGACAUUUAAGAGUGCUAGUCCUGUCGCCAGGGGGGGUACAACGGCCUCGUUAAUUCAGAUGGACUUACUCAAGUUUUUUUUAUGUAU